GGAGGCGGGAGCUGAGGAGGCGGUGGAGGGGGCGGGUCGCAUCCGGCGCCACGUCCGCAGCCAGAGGCCGCUGCCUCCGUCAACGGAGUCUCCUGGCUCCACGGCUUGAAGGGGCGCCUCCGGAGCCCGCAACCGCCCGGGGCUGUGCCAGCCUCGCAGGCCGCCUCGGCCUUUCUCGGUGCUGAGCGCUCCCUCCGCCUGGUCUCGGCCCCAGGCGGCGGCCCACGACCCCGGCGCAGAUCAUGAACCAAGCAGAUAAAAAUCAGCAAGAAAUCCCAUCUUACCUUAGUGAUGAACCACCAGAAGGUUCAAUGAAAGAUCACCCACAGCAACAACCCGGCAUGUUGUCCCGUGUGACCGGGGGUAUCUUCAGUGUUACUAAAGGAGCUGUUGGUGCCACCAUUGGUGGUGUGGCUUGGAUUGGUGGAAAAAGUCUGGAGGUGACCAAAACAGCUGUUACAACUGUGCCUUCAGUGGGAAUAGGGCUGGUGAAAGGGGGCAUGUCUGCUGUGGCUGGAGGUGUCACAGCUGUUGGGUCUGCUGUUGUAAACAAAGUGCCAUUAACAGGAAAGAAGAAAGAUAAAUCUGACUAAAAUAUGGAGAUACACUUGCUCUCCACAGCAUUAUGAUGCCAGUGGCAUUGAAUUGCUAAAUUAUGGACUACAAUACUAAGUCAACUGUUUUUGGACGUUUAUCUUCUAAGCUGCUGUGUUGAAAGUAUUGAUGACUGGCUUUCGUCUAAAAAGAGACCAAUACUAGCACAGUGUGUGAAGGUUUCUCAUACUUAAAUUCCAGCUUUUUAUCUGGUAAAAUGUUACACUUAUUCAGUUGUAACUGAAGAUAUGAUAUAUUUGAAUAUUUACUAUAAGUCUUUUAGUUUAACUAAAAAUGUGAAAGUUGAAUUUAGUGGAUGAUCUUUACAGUUCCAUAUGUAUAAUGUGCCAGGUAACUCGUCUGCCCCUUCAGAAGGGAACCUUGAACUACAUAAACUGUAAUUUUGAUGUGCCUAAUAGUUUCAGAUGUCUUAGUUUUUUUAUAACCAUAGUUGAUUAGGCCAAGAGGCAUUCUUUUCUUAUUUAAGCUGGUAAAAGUAGCAGGACUUAGAGAAGUUUAAAAGAUAAGUGGUUUUAUGAUAGAGUGUUAACCAUCUUUUGUUAGAUAUGCAUUAUGUUAAUUUAAUCAUCGAUGCCUUACAAUAGAAAACAUCUUUCCUAAUACACUAUAUAUGUGCAGUUCUUAAAAUUAUAUAUGGAUUCUCUUAAAAGUUGUUUGUGAAAUUAGUUUUCCCCCUUAAAAAUCUCAGGAGUCAUUGGGUAAAGGCAUUUCUUGCUCUCAGCAGAUAAGAUAGUGCUCGUUAAUUUGUUAACUGUCAGUAGUUAUAACAAAAUUGUAUGCUUCAACCUGGGUUCAUGCUCCAUUGUCAAGACACCUCACAGUGCCUAAAGAACAUUUCUUUGCCGAUCAGAAGCUAUGUUGGAAGAGUUUCAGAUUAAGGAAGAACAAAGGAAUAAUUUAAAGUUCUUAAGAAUUACCUAGAACAUCCAAUAUAUAAAAAGAAUUCUUCAGACCUAUUUUAUCUCUAAGAUGGCUUAAAUAAUUAGCAGUGCCCUUUUAAAAAACACAGUAGAAGCAACCACAAAUAUGUGGGGGCUGACUUUUAAACUGAAUGAAAUAGAUUAGUUUUGAAUGUAAAAAAUAUAUAUGUGCUUUCAAUCGUCUAUAGGCUUUUAAAAUGUUAUCUUACCAUCCUUUAAAGCAACUGUAGAGUUUGUACCAUUCUCCAAGUCAACUUCAGGCAGGAAAUUGAAAUUACUGAUAAUGGGUGAUAUGUCAUGUCUUACUAACCUAUCUCAUCAUCAUGUCUCAUUCAUUCUCAGAGACUAUAACUUAGGCUGGAUCUCAUCUUUGUUUUUGUUUCAUAUUCAGUUUCAUAAAAAUUUGAAAAGUGGCAUAUAUAUAUUUGGCAUUACUCAUAACUGAAGGUUAUAAUCCAAGCCUGAAAAAUCUUAGUUUUCUUUAUACUCAAAUCUGGAUGUUUGCCUCCAUUCUGCAGACGUUUUUCCCUCACAAGGGAAGGGAGGAAAGGUGUGAUGCUCAGGAGUAAGUCAAGUAGCAUCCCUGACAACUUAGACUAGACUACUCCAGCUCCCAAGGCUUAAACACAUUUGUAAAUGAGUUAGAGUUUUACAUUAAUAAUGUAGAUUAACAAGUGAAUAAGAACAUAACUCUUAAAAGCUUUCAUAAAUACCAGCACAGAUUUUAAGCAGAUCAACAGGUUCUUGAACCUUUCUGCAGUAUACAAAACUGAAAAGUCAUUAGGGAGUUCAGUUCAUCAGAAACCUAAAGGCUGUUUAUUUCAUGCUGUGUGAUUUAAGGUAUAUUUGUUGGUAUAUCUGGUCAAAUAUAAUUAGCAAAGGGUUUUUUUUUUAAUCAAAAUUAACAGAUAAACACAAAUUAUGAUCUAAAUAAUGGUAUUGGAGAACUUGUUUCCUGCUAUUUGAAAGAAAUUAUUGCUUCAUUGCUAGUUUAUAUUUUUAAUUUAUCUUCUAUAGUCAUAGGCUCUGCUGUGCUUCGUACUUGAAUUUCUAAAUAUAGACUUUAUUUACUGUAUGCCUGCAUAUUUAUUUUCAACUUUACUUAUCUUUAACAUUGCUUGAGGAAAAUGGUUGUAAUUAAUUUCUGCUACAGAAAAGCCAACUGGUACAUUUUAUCUUGUUUGUUUUAAAUUCUAAACUAUAACUUUGUUCAGGAGAAGCUUUUGCAAUGAUAGCAGAGAACUGUAUAACUUAACUUAUAGAGGUUCUUGUUGAAAUGAACUUGCCAUUUGAUGAUAUGUAGAGCUGUACACUUGAGUCUUUUCCAGUUUAUUUUUGUAGAUUAGCAGUUUGAUCUGUUAAACAGUAGUAGUUCACUUCAAAAAGCAAGGUUGUUGUACACACCUGGAGGCGUCUGUUAUUCAGCUUAUCUUUUGAGUGGGUAUUUGGCACAAUGAGGAUAAACUUGUGUGACCCACGUGAUGACUGCUCUAAUAAUGUUGACAUUAUGAAUCCUGCACUUAGUGAAAUGUCAGAUGAAAAUAACUGAUGACUGAAUUUUUUUUUUGUAUUAAAGGAAUGGGAAAAGAAUACAUGAAUCUGUUAAUAAAGCACUAUGAUCUGCAAAAGAUGAAAUGUUUCAUAAAGAUCUAAGGAAAUAAAGGAAAUUUUAAAACAG